AUGCUCUACGGUGUUCCUCGCAAGGAAGGUUUAACUGUCUUGACGUGCGCUGCGAUUUGCUGUAUUUUGGGGAUGGGCGUAACUCACAGUGUGUUCGUUUCUUACGAAAAAAGCAGGAAACGCAGCCUUCCCGAUAACGAGUCUAAACAGGAGCCUAAAUAG